AUGGCUGCCGAAGGCGUAAAGAAGGAGGAGGACAAAGAAUACAGCAUCAAGCCCGAGAACAUUGGCCCAGUUGCCGACACCAGCGAUUGGCCACUGCUGCUCAAGAAUUACGACAAGCUCCUUGUACGCACCGGACAUUUCACACCUAUCGCAGUUGGCUGCACGCCUUACAAACGCGACUUGAAGUCAUACAUCAGCUCCGGUGUCAUCAACCUCGACAAACCUUCCAACCCUUCCAGCCAUGAAGUUGUUGCGUGGAUGAAGCGCAUGCUACGGGUUGAAAAGACAGGUCACAGUGGUACCCUAGAUCCUAAAGUCACAGGCUGUCUCAUUGUCUGUAUUGAUCGUGCAACUCGUCUGGUCAAAUCACAGCAAGGCGCGGGGAAAGAGUAUGUCUGUGUCGUACGAAUGCACGACAAGUUGGCAGGCGGGGAAGCACAACUCUCAAGAGCUAUACAGAUGCUCACUGGGGCUCUGUUCCAACGACCGCCACUCAUAUCCGCCGUCAAAAGACAGUUGCGCAUUCGAACCGUCUAUGAGAGCAAGCUGUUAGAAUUCGAUAAUGAUAGACACUUGGCUGUCUUUUGGGUCAGUUGUGAGGCAGGGACGUACAUUCGAACCUUGUGUGUGCAUUUGGGAUUGCUGCUAGGGGUAGGAGCGCAUAUGCAAGAAUUGCGACGAGUCAGGAGCGGCGCGAUGAAUGAGCAAACCGAUAUGGUGACAUUGCAUGACGUACUGGAUGCACAAUGGACCCAGGAUAACAAUCGAGACGAGACAUACUUACGGAAGGUCAUCCACCCUCUCGAAACCCUGCUUGUCACAUACAAGAGGCUCGUUGUGAAGGACAGUGCUGUCAAUGCUGUUUGCUAUGGAGCAAAAUUGAUGAUACCCGGGUUGUUGAGAUACGAGGACGGAAUCGAGCUGCAUGAGGAAGUAGUACUUAUGACGACCAAAGGAGAGGCGAUUGCCCUAGGGAUAGCACAAAUGUCAACCGUCGAAUUGACUACCUGUGAUCAUGGAGUAGUUGCCAAGGUCAAAAGAUGCAUAAUGGAGAGAGAUCUUUAUCCGAGGAGAUGGGGCUUGGGGCCGACUGCUUUGGAGAAGAAGAAGCUAAAGUCCGAUGGAAAGCUAGAUAAAUUUGGCCGACCAAACGAGAGCACGCCCGCCAAGUGGAACGCAGAAUAUAAAGACUACGCACCGCCUGUCGAGGAUGGAUUCUCCAAACCCUCAAAGAAGGCUGAGGAACCUAAGGCACCUGAUUCAAAGACCGAUGAUCAAGCUGUAGCUGGAGCAAAUGCCGCAUCACCCAACCAGAAAGCUGGUUCACAGCAAAACGAGAAGAAGGAGAAGAGGAAGCAUCGUGAGGAUGAGACACCAGAGCAGCGUGCUGAUCGCAAACGCCGGAAGAAAGAGAAGAAGGAAAAGAAGGAGAAAAAAGGCGUAAAGGAAGAGCGUGCCGGUGAUGAGAGUGAUUAA